GAGAGUUUCAGGAAGCACCUGUCUGAGUGAGAUUCAUAGCAAAGUACACGAAGAGAAAGACUGCACUGCUACACGCCAGAGAAAAACAUGCAGAGCAUCAGCUCUCCAGCAGGACGAGUCCUCUCAGAGGACCAGUUCUCCUGCUCCAUCUGCCUGGAGGUGUUCGUGGAGCCCGUCUCCACUCCCUGCGGCCACAGCUUCUGCAAGGCCUGUCUGCAGGGCUACUGGAACCACAGCAAGAAGUUCCUGUGCCCCAUGUGCAAGAAGAGCUACUCCAGAAAACCCGAGAUGAGCGUCAACCGGGUCCUGGCUGAAAUAUCCUCCCAGUUCCAGGGCCUGAUGCAGGCUGGAGGAGCUGGGGGCGGAGCUGCUUCACGGGGAUCCACACUGAACUUGAGCUCAGACGCAGGCCACAGCAGCUCUACGGGGCAGGACAGCGGGGAGUUCGCUCGGCCCGGAGACGUCCCCUGCGAUGCCUGUAUUGGAAGGAAGUUAAAGGCGCUGAAGUCCUGCGUGAAUUGCCCCGGGUCCUUCUGUGAGACUCACCUGAGGCAUCACAAGAAGGUCAAGACUCUGACGUCUCAUCGUCUGAUCGAACCCACUUUCCACCUGGAGGAGAAGAUCUGCAAGAAACACGAACGCCUCCUGGAGGUCUACUGCCGCACCGACCACGUCUGCAUCUGCACCGCCUGCGCCGAGGCCACGCACAAAUCCCACGACAUCGUCUCCGUCGACCACGAGUUCAAGAAGAAGAUGAAUAAUGUGGGAAAGAAGAGGUCAGAGCUGAAACAUUUGAUCAAGGAGAGAUCCAAGAAACUGGAGGAGAUCAAACAGUCCAUUAAGGUCAUCAAGGCCAGCGCUCAGAAGGAGCUGGAGGAGAGCUGGCAGGUUUACGCCGAGCUGCAGCGUCUGGUGGAGCAGAGUCAGGCCGAGCUGGUGGAACUGAUCGCCACGAGGCAACGCGAGGCCGAACGUCACGCUCAGGAGCUGGCCAGAGGUUUGGAGAACGAACUGAGCCAGCUGAGGAGGAGGAGCAGCGAGCUGGAGGCCCACACUCAGACCCACGACAAAGUGCUCUUCCUUCAGAACCAGACGAUGCUGUCGCCCCCACCCGAGCCCACCGAUUGGUCAGAGGUCAGCGUCAACACUGACCUCUACCUGGGAACCAUCCGCUCGUCCGUCAGCAGCCUCAUGGACAAGUUCCAGGAGGAGCUCAAAAGACUGUACGGCAAAGAGCUCCGGAAAGUGCAGAACUACUCAAGUGAGGUGAUUUUGGAUCCCUCCACAGCCCAGAAGAACCUGGUUGUGUCUGAUGAUGGUCAGCAGGUGAGAUAUGAAGAGAGGAAGUCCUCCCACACCGAGGGUCCAAAGCGCUUCAGCCCGGCCCUCUUCGUCCUGGGCAGAGAGGGUCUCAGCUCCGGGCGUCACUACUGGGAGGUGGACGUGGGCCGCAAGACAGCCUGGACGCUGGGAGUGGCCCGAGCUUCAGCCCGCCGCAAGGGGGAGAUCAAGCUGAGUCCUGAGGGGGGUUACUGGUGCCUGUGGCUCAAGGGCGGCGAGGUGAAAGCUCUGGCUGCCUCCCGCCUGCCUCUCAUGCUGCCGUCCCAACCCAGUAAAGUGGGAAUCUUCAUGGAUUACGAAGCCGGCCAGAUCUCUUUCUACGAUGUGAAGUCCCGUCUGCAUCUCUACACUUUCAUGGAUACCUUCAGUGAGACCUUGUACCCAAUCUUCAGCCCCUGUCUCACCCAGGAGGGGAAAAACGCCUCCCCUCUGGUUAUAAGCCACGUUAAACACAGCUGAAGCGGUCGGUCAGGUUAAACACGUACAACAUCUUCAUAAGGUUUGGUGUAAGCGCAGAUAUUUGUAACUUGUCAGCCAGUUUUAGGACAAUUUAACAUGUUUGCGCAGCAUUUUACCUCAAAUUAGUCACAUCAAAUUAAAACAUGUCAUUUUGCACUCACUACAACACUUUAUUGUUAUGCCAAAAGCUGAAAUUGACACUGACAGCAUGUAUUACUGUGAUCAAUGAUCUGUACCAUCUGUACAUACAAUAAACAAGAGGAUAUUAUAGUGUAAAAAUAAGUGAAGGACAUGAGAUCAUUCUUCCAAAGACCAAAUUAAAGCUUUGGUUCUUACUGUUAGUUUCGCCUCUGGUUCAGCUGGACAUGUUUGCUGAGUUUGAAUAAUGCUGCACCUCUGGCACUUUCCUUACUGUGUAAGUCUUUAUUUAACUGCAACUAGAAUUCUUUGGAGACUUUACAUAUUAAAGCAAUGAAGUUAAUAGAUGUAAAUUUCAUGCCAGAGGCUUGAAAUGAAGAUUUUUUUUUUUUAUGUUUGUAAUGUACAUUAUUUGAAAACAAAGUAGACCAAGUUUUGUUUUAAGGGCCAUGAAACUAUGAUCUGUAUUUUUAUAUUGAAUAAUUCUUUCUGAACCUGUCCAAUAAAGAUGAUCAGACACAAAA